AUGGAUAUCUGCACGGCGCUGGAGCAUCUGUCCUUCAACAACAUGGCUCUGCAGAAGCUGCCGGUGGACUCCUCAGAGGGCCCAGAGGCCCGGGGCCCCCGGCCUGUGCAGGGAGCAUGUUUCUCACGCAUCCGGACCCUGCAGCCUCUCCUUAAUCCCGUGUUUGUGGCCCUGUCGCCGGCGGCCCUGGCGUUAAUCGGACUGAACACACGGGAUGUCCUGAGCAACCCUUCUGGUGCGGAAUACUUCAGCGGCUCCAAGCUGCUGCCCGGCUCGGAGCCAGCAGCUCAUUGCUACUGCGGCCAUCAGUUCGGAGUGUUCGCGGGUCAGCUGGGAGACGGAGCGGUGCUUUACCUGGGGGAGGUGGAGGGCCCGACCCCGGGGCAAGCCAACAGUCUCUGCCCUGGUGCACGAUGGGAAAUCCAGGUGAAGGGUGCAGGAGUCACACCUUAUUCCAGGGACGGCGACGGGAGGAAAGUCCUUCGCUCGAGUAUCAGAGAGUUUCUGUGCAGUGAGGCCAUGGCCGCCCUGGGUAUACCCACCACCCACGCCGCCUCCAUCGUGACCUCUGACCUCUACGUCUACAGAGACCCGCUCAAGCGAGGCCGGCGUAUCCCAGAGCGCUGUUCGGCCGUGCUGCGCAUUGCUCCGUCCUUCAUCAGGUUUGGAUCCUUUGAGAUCUUUCUGGGCCGAGACGACUUCUCAGGUCUGCAGGGCCCCAGUGCGGCCCGCCACGACAUCCGCCGUCAGCUGCUGGAUUACGUCAUUGAAACCUUCUACCCCCACCUACAAGCAAGCCGUGGCAGUCGCAGAGACAGGAACACGGCGUUCUUCAAAGAGGUGGCGGUGCGCACCGCUAGCCUGGUGGCCCAGUGGCAGUGUGUUGGUUUCUGUCAUGGCGUCCUGAACACUGACAACAUGAGCAUCCUGGGAUUAACUCUGGAUUAUGGCCCUUUCGGUUUCAUGGACAGGUUUGACCCAGACUUUGUCAGUAACGCCUCAGACAGGAGGGGGCGCUAUUCUUACCAAGCUCAGCCGUCUGUGUGCCGCUGGAAUCUGGCCCGCCUGGCUGAAGCGUUGGGCUCCGAGCUCCACACGGCCGAGGCGGGGGCCAUCCUGGAUGAAUUCACGCCCACAUACGAGGCCUUCUACCUGGCUAACAUGAGGAGGAAGCUGGGCCUUCUCAGAAGGGAGGAGGCGGAGGACAGGGAGCUGGUCUCUGACCUGCUGCAGCUCAUGCACAACACCGGGGCGGACUUCACCAACACCUUCCGUCUGCUGGGGAGGAUCCCCUGGCCCGAGGAGGGGGAUGACCUGAGGACCACAGUGGGGCCUGCGGUGGAUCUCAUCCUGGAGCAAUGUGCCUCGUUUGAGGAGCUAAAGGAUUCCGGAGAAAAAGCUUACCGAGACAACGUCGAGCUGGCGAUGAUACUCUCCACGGCCCAGACCAACCCGGCCAUGUUCCAGAUGAUGGCGGACCGGCCGGAGGUUUCCCGACAGCUGGAAAAAAUGGGCCGGUUGAAAGAGCUGCUCGGAACCGAGCAGGGCGAGCUCAGCGGGAAGCAGCGGGAAGACUGGAUGCGCUGGGCGGGCCGGUACAGGAGGCGGUUGGCCCGGGAGUGGGAUGGACGCAGCGAUUUGUCCGCCAUCAAAACGGAGAGGCUCGGCGUCAUGAACAGCACCAACCCACGUGUCGUCCUUCGCAACUACAUCGCACAAAACGCCAUACAGGCCGCCGAGCAAGGAGACUUCUCCGAGGUCCGUCGGGCCCUCCGAGUUCUUGAGAACCCGUACUGUGACACGGACGGUUCCGACGCCGGGGGAGACGGAGGAAAGACGGGUUAUGAUGAAGCGAGGCCGGCCUACGACAGCAAACCCCCCACCUGGGCGAGAGAGAUUUGUGUCACCUGA